GCUGAGCUGCGAGAAUCCACCACCUUUGUCUGGAACUGCCCAGCCACACAUGGGGAACUUCCACACCAAGGAGCUGAAGAAUUCCCAGACUUUGUUCCUGUAUGGGAGUCCCUGAGGUGUCUUCGGGAAGGAGGCUCGCUAGAAACAAUGCAAAGUGCAAGUAAACAAGACCUGUCCCAUUAAGAGGAAGCUGUGGUCAAAAGCUUUUUGUCCCGGAACCCCAGCAGCGCUCCUCAGCUCCCCAGGGCGCUCAGCUUUGCGUGUGGUCUCUUCUCUUGGUUGAGCGUUCCCAUGACUUCGAUUUUCUUCCAGAUCGCAUCGGGUUCCUAGAAGUGCUUGGGGAAGAUGGGAGCCUCUACUCGGAGGAGCCCGGUGCCUCUCCGGCUGCUGGCGCCCCCCCUCUCCUGCUCCGGAGGAGCCCUCCUAGCGGUUCUGGUGCUGCUCGAGCUGCCGGCGGCCUGGGGUCAAUGCAAAGCCCCAGAGUAUUUUCCAUUUGCCAAGCCUACAAAUAUGAUUGAUGGGGAUGAGUUUCCCAUUGGAACAUCUUUGAACUAUGAAUGCCGCCCUGGUUACCACAGGAAAAAAUUCGUUAUCACCUGCUUACAAAACUCAGACUGGUCAAAACCUCUACCCUGUUUACGUAAAUCAUGCGGAUCGCCUCCAGAUAUCACAAAUGGCAAUAUGGACAUAAGCAAAGACACCAAGUUUGGAUCAUCUGUUAGUUAUUCUUGUAAUCAAGGAUACCGACUCAUUGGUGAACCCUCCAUUACAUGCAUCAUCAUAGACAAUAUUGUCGGCUGGGAUAAUAUUGCACCUGUUUGUGAGAGUAUUCUUUGUGAGCCACCACCAACCAUUGCCAAUGGAGAUUUCUAUAGCAGCAACAGAGAAUAUUUUCAAUACGGAAUGGUGGUGACCUAUCACUGCAAUCUUGGAAAGAGAAAAAAAAAGGUGUUUGACCUCAUAGGCAAGAGAUCCAUACAUUGCACCAGCAAAGACAAUCGAGUUGGAACCUGGAGCGACCCUGCCCCUCAGUGCAUUAUACCUAAUAAAUGCAUGCCUCCAGUAAUUGAAAAUGGAAUAAAGGAUCCUGAGGACAGAAACUUGUUUUCCUUAAAUGAAAUCGUAAGGUUUAGGUGUCAGCCUGGCUUUGUCAUGAAAGGACCAUCCAGUGUGCAAUGCCAGGCCCAGAACAAAUGGGACCCAGAGUUGCCCAGCUGUUCCAGGGUAUGUCAGCCACCUCCAGAAAUCCUGCAUGGUAAACACAACCUCAGCAACAACAAGGAGAACGUUUUCCCUGGGCAGAGAGUAUUGUACAGCUGUGAGCCUGGCUAUGAUCUGAGAGGGGCUGCUUCUCUGCAUUGUACACCCCAGGGAGACUGGAGCCCAGUAGCCCCCAGAUGUGCAGUGAAAUCGUGUGCUGACUUCAUAGACCAAAUCCCUAAUGGCCGUGUGCUAGUUCCUCUUAAUCUUGAGCUUGGAGCAAAAGUGUCCUUCGUUUGUAAUGAAGGAUUCCAACUAAACGGAAGUUCUGCCAGUCAUUGUAUCUUGGUUGGGAUGGAAAGCCUCUGGAAUAGCAGUGUUCCUUCCUGUGAACAAAUCUUGUGCCCAAAUCCUCCAGAUAUCCGUAAUGGAAGACACACAGGAAAACCUCUGGAAGUCUUUCCUUAUGGAGAAGAAGUGACUUACACAUGUGACCCCCACCCAUACAGAGGGAUGACCUUCAAACUCUUUGGGGAGAGCACCAUCCGCUGCACAAGUGACAGUCAAGGGAAUGGGAUUUGGAGCAGCCCUGCCCCUCGCUGUGGACUUCCAGGUUACUGUAACACCCCAGAUAAUUUUCAAUUUGCUAAAUUGAAAAACCAAACCGAUGAAUCUGUGUUUCCCAUUGGGACAUCUUUAAGGUAUGAAUGCCACCCUGAGUACUACUGGAAGUCAUUCUAUAUCAAGUGCCUAAAAACUAUGAUGUGGUCAAGUGUCAACAACGUCUGCAAACGUAAAGUAUGUAAAACUCCCCCAGAUCCUGUGAACGGUGUGGUGCACAUAGACACAGACACCCAGUUUGGAUCCAGAAUUAAGUAUUCUUGUAAUAUAGGGUAUCAACUCAUUGGUGAUUCAUCUGCUAAAUGUAUCAUCUCAGGCACUACUGCCAUUUGGGAGACGGAGCCACCACUUUGUGAACGUAUUCAUUGUAGACCACCACCACCCAUUAUCAAUGGAGAUUUCUAUAGCAGCAACAGAGAAUAUUUUCAAUACGGAAUGGUGGUGACCUAUCGCUGCAAUCUUGGAAAGAGAAAGGAAAAAUUGUUUGACCUCAUAGGCAAUAAAUCCAUACAUUGCACCAGCAAAGACAAUCAAGGUGGCACCUGGAGCGGCCCUGCCCCUCAGUGCAUUAUACCUAAUAAAUGCAUGCCUCCAGUGGUUGAAAAUGGAAUAAGGGAGCCUGAGAACAGAAGCUUGUUUUCCUUAAAUGAAAUUGUAAGGUUUAGGUGUCAGCCUGGCUUUGUCAUGAAAGGACCAUCCAGUGUGCAAUGCCAGGCCCAGAACAAAUGGGACCCAGAGUUGCCCAGCUGUUCCAAGGUAUGUCAGCUGCCUCCAGAAAUCCUGCAUGGUAAGCACACGCUAAGCGGCAAGGACAACUUUCCCCCUGGACAGGAAGUGUUCUACAGCUGUGAGCCUGGCUAUGAUCUCAGAGGGGCUGCUUCCCUGCGCUGCACACCCCAGGGAGACUGGAGCCCAGCAGCCCCCAGAUGUGCAGUGAAAUCAUGUGCUGACUCCCUGGACCAACUCCCUAAUGGCCGUGUGCUCUUUCCACUUAAUCUCCAGCUUGGAGCAAAAGUGUCCUUCGUUUGUGAUGAGGGGUUUCAUUUAAAGGGGAAUUCUACUAGUUACUGUAUCUUGGUGGGAAUGAAAAGCGUUUGGAAUAACAGUGUUCCUGUGUGUGAACAAAUCUUUUGUCCAAAUCCUCCGGCUAUCCUUAAUGGGAACCACACAGGAACUUCUCUGGGAGACAUUCCCUAUGGGAAAGAAAUUACCUACACGUGUGACUCCCACCCAGACAGAGGGGUGACCUUCAAUCUCAUUGGGGAGAGCACCAUCCGCUGCACAAGUGACAGUAAAGGGAAUGGGAUUUGGAGCAGCCCUGCCCCUCGCUGUGAACUUUCCGUUCCUGUUGGUUACUGUAAAGCCCCAGAACAAUUUCCAUUUGCCAAGGCUACAAACCUGAGUGAUGAGUCUGAGUUUCCAAUUGGGACAUCUUUGAAUUACGAAUGCUCCCCUGGCUAUUUUGAGAAGAAGUUCUCUAUCACCUGCUUAGAAAACUUGGUCUGGUCAAGUGCCGAAGAUAUCUGCAGACGAAAAUCAUGUGGAACUCCACCAGAACCCUUCAAUGGGGUGGUACAUAUAAACACAGAUACCCAGUUUGGAUCAAGAGUUAAUUAUUCUUGCAAUGAAGGGUAUCGACUCAUUGGCUCCCCAUAUGCCGCUUGUCUUCUCUUAGGCACUAACGUUGCUUGGGAUAAGGAGGCACCUACUUGUGAGAGUAUAUCAUGCGAGCCUCCCCGAGGCAUAUCCAAUGGAGACUUCUACAGCAACAACAGAAAUGGUUUUCAAUAUGCAACAGUGGUAACUUAUCAGUGUGAUACUGGGCCAGAUGGAGAAAAGCUGUUUGACCUCGUGGGAGAACAGUUUAUAUACUGUACCAGCAAAGAUGAUCAACUUGGUGUUUGGAGCAGCCCUCCUCCUCAAUGUAUUUCUGCUAAUAAAUGCACAAUUCCAGAAGUUGAAAAUGGGAUUAGAGUAUCAGGAAAUAGGACUUUAUUUUCCUUAAAUGAGACUGUGAGAUUUAGAUGUCCACCUGGCUUUGUCAUGAAAGGGUCCAACACCGUGCAAUGCGGGGCCAACAACACAUGGGUGCCUGAGCUGCCAAGCUGCUCCAGGGUAUGCCAGCUGCCUCCAGAAAUCCUGCAUGGUAAACACACACUAAGGGACAAGGACAACUUUUUCCCUGGACAGGAAGUGUUCUACAGCUGUGAGCCCGGCUAUGAUCUCAGAGGGGCUGCUUCCCUGCGCUGUACACCCCAGGGAGACUGGAGCCCGGCAGCCCCCAUAUGUGCAGUGAAAUCAUGUACUAAAUUCCUGGACCAACUCCCUAAUGGCCGUGUGAGUUUUCCACUUAAUUUCCAGCUUGGGGCAAAAGUGUCCUUCACUUGUGAUGAAGGGUUCCGAUUAAAAGGCAGCUCUGCUAGUCAUUGUGUCUUGGUUGGAAUGAAAAGCUUUUGGAACAGCAGUGUUCCUGUGUGUGAACAAAUCUUUUGUCCAAAUCCUCCAGCCAUCCUUAAGGGGAGCCACACGGGAGCUUCUCUGGGAGACAUUCCCUAUGGGAAAGAAAUUACCUACACGUGUGACUCCCACCCAGACAGAGGAGUGACCUUCAAUCUCAUUGGGGAGAGCACCAUCCGCUGCACAAGUGACAGUCAAGGGAAUGGGAUUUGGAGCGGCCCUGCCCCUCGCUGUGAACCUGCUGGUCUUCCUGCAUGCCCACAUCCACCUGAGAUCCACAACGGGCAUCACAGUGGAGGACAUGCAUCUCCAUAUCUUCCUGGGAUGACAGUCAGCUACACUUGUGACCCAGGCUACGUGUUGAUGGGAAAAGCCUUCAUUUUCUGUACACACAAGGGAACCUGGAGCCAAUUUGAUCAUUAUUGCAAAGAGGUAAAAUGUAGUCUCCCACAGUUUAUGAAUGGAAUCCGGAAGGACCUGGACACGAGCAAAGUAUUUCAAUAUGGACAUAAUGUAACCUUGGAGUGCGAAGAAGGGUAUACUCUGGAAGGCAGUCCCUGGAGCCAGUGCCAGGCAGAUGACACAUGGAACCCUCCUCUGGCCAUAUGUAACUCUAGCCCACAUAGUGCUCUCAUUGUCGGCACGUGCUUUGGUGUGAUCUUCUUUGUUCUACCCAUCCUUGUUUCCUUUUGGAUGAUUCUAAAGUGCAAAAAAGGCAAUAAUACAGAUGAAAAAUCUACAGAAGUGAAAAUCCAUUUACAACCCCAGGAAGGCAGCUGUGAUCAUGCUCAAUGUCUCCAAGCAAAUCAAGAAAAUAGCAGCGUCAUUCCUUGACUGUGUACUAUAAAGCUGGAGAGCACCUCGAAUUAAAAUGAUCCUUGGAAAGGAGCCAAUUCAUUUUAACAAAGUAAGAUCUGAGACUCAUAAAAUGUUUGAAGUGACUUCACAGAGACGCAAACAGGUGCCCUUGAAGACGCUGAUGCUCUCCCAAUACCUACUGAUGCUCCCUCCUCUCAGCCUGUGUUAUUGUCACCCCAUCGCCCCUUUCCUUGUGCUGAAAGCGCACAUUAUCUAGUCAGGGGGAAAGACUGCACUUAGGAUACAGAAACAGUCUCAACCCCUUAAAGGAAGACGGCAUUGCCUAGGAUCUCUGUUUACAAGUUUGUCAUUUUUCUGUCUUAU